AUGCCGGCGCCAACACAACAUCGGGAGGCGGCGGCGAGAGCUUCAUUGCAGCACCGCAACCGGCGAGCUCCACGGGGUCGCAGCACCGCGUGUGCUGCACUGAGAGCGCCGGCGAGCUCCAUUGGAGUACCGAGCGCUGCACUGCAGCUCGACAUCACACCGACGAGCGCUGCAACGCAGCACCAAGAGCCGCCGGCGAGCGCUCCAUUGCAGCACUGCCGCCGACGAGCUCCAUGGGGUCGCAACGCCGCUUGUGCUGCACUGCAUCUCCGCCGCCGUCGCGAGAUCCACAGGGACGCAGCUACCUCCGGCGAUGAGCGGCGCCCAACUCCGGCCUCCCCGCGUUCGCUGCAGCACCGGCGACGAGCAGCGCCAGCCUCCGGCCUCCUGCUUCAUGUUGUGGCGCCGGCCUCAGCGUUCGCUGAACAAUCAGCCUCCGGCUCGCACACGCCGUGCCUGGACAACCCGCCCGACCUGACGGCCGCGGCCGACGAGGCGGGCGAGCUCGUCCGCGACCUCGGCGGCCUCCCGGCCUACGUCACCGGAUCCCGCAGCUCCACGCGCGCCAUCGUCCUCGCCUCCGACUACUUCGGCUUCCAAGCGCCAAAACUGAGGAAAAUCGCGGAUCAGGUUGCGGAUGAUGGAUACUUGGUCGUGGUUCCUGAUUUGCUGCACGGGGAUCCGUUCAGGGAUGAGGCCAAGAUUUCAUUUCAAGAUUGGCUGAAAACCCACUCUCCGGUGGAGGCAGCUGAAAAGACUAAAGUGCUUAUUGCUGCUCUGAAGAAGCAAGGGGUGUCUGAAGUUGGGGUUGGAGGUUAUUGCUGGGGUGCAAAGGUAGCUGUGGAGCUAUCAAAGUCUGAAGAAAUUCAAGUGGCUGUCAUUUCGCACCCUUCACUAGUGACUGUCGAUGACAUGAAGGAGGUCAAGCAUCCCAUUGAGAUUCUCGGAGGAGAGCUUGAUCAAGCUUCUCCACCGCCGAUAGUGCACCAGUUUGAACAGGCCUUGGAUCAGAACAACAAGAUUGACCACUUCGUGAAGAUCUUCCCGGGAGUAGCCCACGGUUUCGCUUGCAGAUACAACGCCAGCGACGCGUUCGCCGUCAAAACUGCCGAAAAAGCUCGUGCAGACAUGCUCAGCUGGUUCAACAAGUAUCUGAAGAAGCACCAAGAGCUUUCGCUCCACGAAUCUUAGAAACUCGAUCGCUCCAAGCUGUUUUGAACAAGUCACCCUUUUAGUUUUGUAUAAAUCGACGCCUUUUCAUUAGUUUAGAAGUACAGAAUUAAGGAGCUCUUGCCUUUCUGAAUAAAUUGCACAUCGGUGCUGAAUUUUUUAGGCGUAGCUUGGUCGUGUAUGCAAUGCAAUAAUAAAAUAGUUCCUCUAGUUUGAUUCA